AUGGAGCGAAACCCUUGCCCCAUCUGCGUUAUAGGAGUCCACUGCCUCGACGCGAACAACGUCGCCGGCGUCUCGUUCGAUUUCUCCAUCGAACAGGGCUCGGGCGUGGGGAUGGGAGAGGCGCUGGCAGACGGCGAAAGACAAGAUCACAUUCUUGGCCUCUUUGGUCCGGACAUGGAAGCCGUGUUCAACCGCGAGGAGUUCGGAUCUGCCUCCAUCGGCCAGGGGCAGUAUCUCGCGUUCCCCGCGACGCUGUCGACCAAGAUGGAUCCCGUCAAACUCCUCGAUGCCAAGAGGCCAGGACACCUGACGCUCGUCCGAUUUUGGCUCGUCGAUCCGUCUGAUUCGGUCGUGUCGACUGCACGAGUGGUACCGCAACAGGUCGAUUGGGUGAAGGAAGCGAUGAGAGGAAUGCAGCGCGAUCCCAAGAGCCUGUUCUCGCUGCUGCCUAUCGAGGUGCUCGAAAUGAUCUUUGAUGAGCUGGAGGAGCUUCUCGAAGCAAACGAGAGAGGCCUGAGGAAGCGCAACAAGACGAAGUGCGCUCUACGGCUUGAAGAUCAGGCGCGGGCGAGCGAGUCUGCGAAGCCGGAGUUUACAAUGAGCACGAGGCUAGCUCUCAAAAACCGAAACGACUUCGCGGAUCGAUUGGAAAAGGAACUCUACGACUCUGCCGACUAG